AUGACGGGGCUGGGUCCCCUGCCCUCAGGAACGGGCAGGCCAGGCCACUUCCAGGCUGGGGCUGCCUGCACCCCCUUCCUGCCAGAGACCCCUCGGAUCCAGCCCACGAGCCUUGGAGGACACCUGCGCGUGGGGUCACCCGCGGUGCUGGGCAGUGCGGACGUGCCGACCCCGGCCGGCGCCCAGAGGGGUGCGGUCUCGUCAGGGGAUCUGACGGUGACGGCAGGGCCUCGAGGACUAGGUCCCGAGAAGGCAGAGGAGAGGGCCUGGGACCCAGCCAGUCAGGGACCUGGAGGGGCUUCCAGAGCUGUGGAUUCUGGGGGUGGGACCCGGGGACCCACGUGCGGCCGAGGCGGAGACGCAGCGUCCUCAAGGGGUGUCCACUAUGAAGGCGAGCUCCCAGGGGAGACAGAGACACCUGCUGCCAGAGGAGGAGGCUCGGGCCGGCCCCGGGGGGCCCUGGGUCAGUCUCUCCUGUGCUCGCGAGGGGAGGGGCUGGCCUUCUCCCAGAGAGGCCUGGGGAGCCGCUCUUCCAUCCUGGGGGGGCCUGGCCGGGAGGGCUGGGAGCCUGUGGCGCUGGGAGCCAGCUCCUCCCCCGGGCAGAGGAAGGGGGGCCACCCAGGACCCCGCGGCAAGUCCCGUGGGGAGAGGCUGCAGGGACGGCUGCCCCGGAGAGCCACGCCCGGAGCCCAGGCGCCUCCCACCCCCCGCCAGCGCGUGUGGGCGGAGUCUCCGGUGCCCGAGGAGAGGAGCUCCAGCCCAGGGUCCCUGCCCGAGGAAGCGCCCCGCAGCCGCAGGACCGAGGGCGGUACCCCCAGGUGCCCGGCCCCAGCCGCGGCCCUGCUGAUCCGAGAGGCUCUGGCUCGAGGGGGCCUGGACACCUUGGCAUCUGAUGCGAACUUUGUCCUGGCAACGGGACACGCCCUGGCGGAGGCCUGCCAGAUGGAACCACAGGAAGUGGAGGCGGCAGCCGCAGAGCUUCUGAAGGGACGCGAGAGCCCGGAGCGUGGCCAGUGUCUGGGCGGGCUCGGGCCUCGGGUCCUCCCUGGGCAGCCUCGACCAGCAUCAGGGCUCCCGGGAGACCCUCACUCCCCCGCAGGCUCGGGGCCCGCUGUGGCGGGCAGGGCCGCUCCUGGACGUCCAGGGCCCGCUCCGCCGACCGGGGCCCCAGCCCCACGGGCGGGUCCCGAGCAGCCACCCCUCCCCGCAGCCCCGACCAGAGUCCACUGCCUGCCUGGCCCCAGAGCCUCGGGGGCCCCGCUCUCAGCCUGGGGGAGCAAGGCCCGCGGUGUCCACCUCCCGCUCCGCCACCCGGGAGCGGCGCGUCACAGGACCAGGAACGGGCUGCUGGCCCCGAGGCCCUGCGGCGAGCCGGCGGCAGACGCACCCUGUCCACGAGCACCUUCGCGCCCCGGUGCCCGCCUCAGCCUCCCCGCAGCCCCCGAGGGGGUGAACGCCACACUAGAGCGGCCACACCGGGCCCCAGAGAGGUGGCUCGCGCGCCUGCGUCACACAGCCAGCCAGCGGCAGCCCGGGCAGCCCACCCACCGGGGCCCCCCACCCUGCCCCCUGCCCCGGGCAGCGGCUCCCCCGCCAUCGGCAUCCCGCCGGCCACCCCUGACCUCCCGGCAAACGCGCCUGCCCACCCCGGGCUCCUCACCGCCCCAGGCGUGGAGCCACCCGGGGCAGGAGGACGCACCCCGCCGCGCCCUGCAGACCCGGGCACCCGUCAGAGCAGCCAUUUCCACGCUCCUCCUGCUCCGACCUCAGCGCCAGGACCGCCCCCACUCCAGCUCAGCCAGGCCUCCCUCCGCACAGACAGAGAUGCCCCCGAAGGUCCCGCCCCCAGCUCCUGCCACCAAACGGACGCACACCCCGCUGUGCCCCCCUCCCUCCCCCCGAACCCAGCAGGAGCCGGGUCCUCCCGCAGCCAGCCCCUGGUCCAGCCCAGCCGCCGUCCCCCCCGCCCCCGCUGCCCUCCACCCGCACGGCCGGCUGCCCAUCCCCCUGCCCUCCAGCUACCUGUCCUCUGCCUGCCGCCGAGACCCCGACAGCCUCGGAGUCCCCGGCUCACCUGGUCUCGAGGCCGCGGGAGGUGCUGUGACCGCUCCCGCCUUCCUGCAAGGCCCGCGCCCUCGGCUCUCCCGAGGUUCCCCCCAUUCCCGUGCCGCCUCCUGCAGCUUCCCUGUGACCUGCCCCCGGCCGCCCACCUCUCAGGGCAGGCGUCCUCAGGGUUCUGUGUCCCGCAUCCUUGCUGCCCACUGGGUCAGGCCCCCGGGACACUCCCCGUCAGCCCCUAACUCAGCGCCGACGGGCCCGGCCGGCUCUCCGACACGCCGAUCCUGCCCUGCCCUCCUCUCCUCGCCAGCUGCGCAGGUGCCCCGCGUGGGCCCAGAGUGCCGGCUGUCGCGUCGGCCUCCUCACCCGUCCCCGCAGCCUGCCGACCUCACGCCCCGCUCCCCGGUCACACCGCGAGCCCGAGCGCUGUCUGCACGCCCACCCUCCCCCGCUGUGCCCCGGGACCCCCUCCAAGUACCUCUCAAACCUGUCCCUCCCGUGGUGACGUUCCUGACACGCAGUCCUUGUUUCACGUGUGGUCCGCUGCGACAGCCCCAGGACAGCCUCCCAGCGCCCCACUCCCUUCCUCCCUGCCUGACCCUGGUGCUUCUAGACGGAGAAACCUGCUGUCUUACCCCCUCGCUUCAAACCCUUGAAGCGCCCCCACCCCAAGCCUCAGAACACGGGGCAGAACCCUGGCCUGGGCUGACGGGCAGCUCCUACCCAGCCCCGGCCCCGCCCCGAGCUCCACGUGCUCUCCUGGGGAAACGUCCCGAACUCUCCGGCCCACGGACCCUCCGGCCCACGGACCCCUCGCCCGUCAUCUUCCACAGCUCAGCUCCACGACUACGUCCUGCAGAGCGCCCCCCGGACGCCCCCAAACGCUCUAGGUGGCCCAGCAACGGGGCGUGUGUGUGUUUCCCGUCGCGCCGGGGUCACCCCUGGGCUGGGACGUCGAUUUUACAGCAGCCUGAGGCCGAGUUCCCCGAAAGCAGGAGCAGGUCCCACAGGCUGGCCCUUAACCCCCGAGCCGCGUGCUUUCCAGCACAGUCGAGGGGCGUGAUCCCUGCCCAACCACCGCAGGGGAGGGCUGAGACGUCUGACCCUGCCCUGGCUGACACCCUGCCCGGGGUCGCCCGCGCAGGGCUGCAGCCUCGCACCCUCGCUGUCCAGGCCCCGGGAGGCGGCGGGAGGACUCGGCCUCCGGAGGCCAAGGCUGCCUCCCAGCUCCACCCACACGCAGCCGCUCAAACCGUCCCCCUCCGCUGCCUAAAAUAA